AUGACUUCCGCAAAUGGGCAGUAUGCCAUCCCCAAGGAGAUGAAGGCUAUUCGAUACAACAAAAUCCAGGAUUAUUCUCUAGUUACCCUGCCGGUCCCAGAGCCAAAGCCACAUGAAAUACUUGUCAAAGUCAAAUCCUGUGGGGUCUGUGGCACCGACCUACACAUCCACAAUGGCGUUUUCGACUCGGCCAUGCCCGUAGUCACUGGCCACGAGACUAGUGGCAUCGUCGUGAAAAUCGGCGACAAAGUCAAUGGGUUCAGGAUUGGCGAUAAAGUGACUGCAGACAACUCCGAGCUCUGCGGACACUGCCACUACUGCCGCGAGGGCAAGUUGCUAUACUGCGAGAACUUUACUGCUCACGGAGUGCACCUCAAUGGCGGCUUCGCAGAAUACUGCGCGUUCCCCGCCGAAAAACUGUUCCACUUUGAAAACCUCUCGUGGGAAGAAGCAGCCCUCUUCGAAGCGGCUUCAUGCGCCGUGCACGGCAUGGACAGAAUCCGUCCAGAAGUCGGUUCGACCAUCCUGCUCAUCGGCUCUGGACCGACAGGACUGUGUCUUGCGCAGCUGCUCAAGGCUAAUGGAGGCCAGCACCUGGUUCUGGCGUCCAACAAGGGGCCCAAAAUGGAUCUGGCCAAGAAACUGAAUGCUGCUGACGAGUACCUCGAACUGGAUAGAAACGCCCCCGAAAAACAGUGGGAGGGGCUCAAGGCAAAGUAUCCUUAUGGGUUUGAUGUUGUCGUGGAAGCAACGGGCUCUCAUGCUAUUUUGGAAAAGGCCAUUGAUUUCUGUACCAGAGGCGGGAAAUUGGUCUACUACGGUGUGUACGAGAAGGAGGCUGUUGUAAACGUAUCUCCGUCAAAGGUUUUUGGCGACGAAAUUACUAUUAUUGGUUCGUUCUCCGAGAUGUGGUGCGUCGGACGAAGUGUCAAGUACCUCGAGAGCAGAAAGGUCGACGUCCGAGGAAUUGUCGAUAAGACGUUUAAGCUGGAAGAGUUUGGCAAAGCGUUGGAUGCUGUUAGAAACAAGGAGUGUAUCAAGGCAGCCAUUGUCUUUGAUUAG